AUGUAUCUCGCUACCUCUAUUAUUUACAAUAAUCUUCUGCAACAAUGUAUAAACAGCGGAGAACUCCCAGAUGCGUAUGGUCUACCAAAAACCUAUAAGCAAGACGAAGCCUCGGAAAAGUGGUGUUACCGGCGCUUGAGGGAAGAUACAGGCCGGCUACAGGAUUCAGAUCAAGUGCUGGCGACAAGCCUGCGGUCUCCAUGUGCGCUGGGGGAGGAGGAGAGUCUUGAUGUUCCUGUAAACAAUGCACUCGAGGGCAAAAGCCUACUCCUCACCUGCUGGAUACACUCCACAAAGGCACCAGAUUCAGUCGUCUGGCGCAGGUCAGGAAGCAGUGUAAGGACUGCAAUCAGCUACUUCGUCUUCCCUCUUCUGCAAUUUGCGUCACGUUUCGUCAAUAAUCGUACCUGGCAGACAGCAUCGCCGAGGGACGGAGCCAGGAUCAAGCCAGUCCUCUGGACACCUGUUCUGCCUAGGAAGAGUAAGAGAGCGAGUACGAGUCGCUCGCGGUAUCAGAAAUAG